AAAGAAAAAAAAAAGGAAAACUCGAAUCUUGUUCAGUUCACUGAACUCUUUCUGGUUUUCAACCCUACACCCACUCCUCGCAGAUAACGGAACAGCUCCGACGCAUCGGUUUCGGGCUCGGUUCGAAUUCCGGUUGGAUCCCCGUUAAGUUAUUCGGGUCCUGCUCGCUUUUCUCCGUCUCGACAUUUUCGUACUUCUCCGACACCUAUAAGACACGACGAAGGGCCUAAUCCGUUGCUGCUGAAAGUAGAACGGGAACCGCAAAAUGAUCAUGGACUUUUGGAGAAGGCAUAAGAAGAAAGUUUAUGUUACCCUUGGAGUUCUAGGUAGUGGGUUUCUAUUGUAUAAGCUAUACGAUGGGCACAGGAGACGGAUAUCUGAACUGGAGAAGGAGCUCGAGGCUGAUGUGAAAAAUGAUGAACUCAUUAAGGCCCAAAUGAAAGAACAUUUCGAGAACAUUCAAAUAAUAGCGGAUUCAACAACAUUGCCUCAUGUAAUGCAGUAUUUAAGUAGUCGAAUAGCAGAAGAGUUGGAUCUCAUGCAACUGACUGAGAAGUUAAUGAAAGGAAAAGAUCAGCCAAAUACCCUAACAGCUGCCGAGAAGCUUGAGCUAUGGGAUAGGCUAAAAAUCUUGAGUUUCACAAAAAUGGUGUUAUCUCUCUGGUCUAUGACAACACUGAACCUGUAUAUUAGAGUUCAAGUCAACAUAUUAGGGAGACAUCUGUAUAUUGAUACAGCGCGUGGCUUAGGAAGUUCUUACCAAGAAGAGGAAGCGGAUAUAAUUUACAGGGAUGACCAGCAACUGUUUUUGGCCAGUGCAGAUUAUCUUGCCAAUUAUGGUCUAACUACCUUAAUUUCAGAUUUUGAGGCAGCAACAUCUGAAGUCCUCAAAGGUAAACAGUUGAAGGACAUAUUCAGCACUACUAUCCUUCAUGAUACCGUCGUGCAGAUAUUGGACAAGUUCAUGAGCAUGGGAAGCCCUCAUCAUUGGCUGGGGUAUUUGAUGCCAGAGGACCCCAGGAUAUACAGUCUCGCUGCACCUUCUAGCAGCGACAACGCAGAUCUUUCUCCUGCUUCUAAUUUUGAACAACUCAUGCAGGAGACACGGGCAGUGCUAUCCAGUGCUGAAUUUGGGAAUGUAGUCGACGUGUCAUUGAAGACAGUAGUUGAUGCAAUGGUUGAGGACAUACGAGUGCAGUGCGGGGAAACAAAUUUGAUGGUGGGCAUGCCCUUGGCCAAACUUCUGCCAAGACUCGCUCACCUUGGUCAGCAACUGCUCGAAGAACCCAAUAGGAACAGGUAUAUCCAAGUCAUCCAAAACUUGCCAGAAGUUGAAUUAAUUUUCACGCUGUUAUAUUCAAGCACGCCUGUCUCAUAGUUUAGGAGAGCUGUUUUUACGUGUAGUUUCAGCAUAGGCUUGGGAUGUAAAGAACUAUAAAGGGCACUUGAUGGCGGCCCUGUUAAUUAAAGAUAAAUGAUCUGACAUAAAAUUAGACAAACGUGAAGGUUGGUUUCUGGGUGUUCUUAAUUUGCUUUUAUAGUAAUUCUUUUGCUCCAUUUUAUUUGUACUAUUUGAACCUCUAUUUGUACUGGGAAUUCUGCAGAAUAAGAAGCCUUUUCUUACUAUUA